GUACCACUACUCCUAUUAUUUUUUGCUAAUAAAUUAUUAAAAGAGAUUUUUUAGUCCGUGAUGCUGUGGCGAAUAGUUUUAUAACUUUAGUAGACUAAAAAAGUGUUCUGUUUAAGAACACACACAUGAUACUGCCUGUUAAUUUCCAUUUGAUUAAGACAAUUUAAUUUAGACUUAUAGGAGUGUUUGAUUUCAAAUUUCAUGGCAUCCUCCACAAUAACUUCAAUUUAGUUUUGCCUAGCCUUGAUUACGAAUUGUGACAAUGUCUUACAAUUCCACGCUUGACGACUUCUGUGGUUCUGAUUUUUGGGAUUCCAAUCUUACAUGGUACACGAAUAAUCCGGAGUUAACACCAUGUUUCCAGAAAACCGUCCUAGUAUGGAUACCAUGUUUGUACCUGUGGGUGGCUGCCUUAUUAGAUAUAUACUAUAUACUACAUAGUAAAGAGAGAAACAUACCAUGGAAUAUAUUAAAUAUCAGCAAACUCGCAAUUACGUGUCUAUUAAUAGUGGUGAAGUUUGUAGACCUUGGAGUCACUGUACAUAACUCUUCACAGGAGGACAAUGUAGUGUACAAUGCAGAUUAUUAUAGUCCGAUAAUAAAAAUAUUAACAUUCGGUUUAUCGGCCACACUAUUGUAUUAUAAUAGAAAAUUUGGUAUGAGAGCAUCAGGGGUGCUAUUUUUCUUUUGGUUACUGUUAAUAUUAGCAGGGCUGCCACAGCUCAGAUCUGAAAUCAUGCGGCAUUACUUAAUGGAAGACGACGAAACUGUUAAAUACAACUUCGUCAGUUAUAUGGUUUAUUAUCCACUAAUAGUUUUAAUGUUUAUAUUAAAUUGUUUCGCCGACUUGCCACCUAAAGAUACACCGUACAAAUAUGAAAAGAACCAAUGUCCAGAAAGUGCAUCAGGAUUCCCGAGUCGCCUUACUUUUAGCUGGUUCGAUCCAUUAGCGUUAACAGGGUUCCGCCGGAGCCUUACAGAGAAUGACUUAUGGGCUCUCAAUCCACCAGAUUCUUCCACUGAGGUGGUACCACGCUUCGACAAAUUUUGGGAAAGAUCAUUAACGAAAAGGGAAAAUUCCAAUGGUACGAAGGCAUCGUACAGUAAAACGUCGGCUAGUGUGAACUUCAAGCCAGAGAGUGAAAAGAAACCAGCAUCCAUACUGCCGGCGCUGUGUCUGGCUUUUGGAGGCCAGUUCCUUUUCGGAUCACUGCUGAAACUAGUCAACGACACCCUUACGUUCAUAUCACCACAGAUACUAAAGCUUCUAAUAGGUUUUGUAGAAGGCAAUGAACCGACAUGGAGGGGUUAUCUUUACGCAGUUACUCUACUGGCCUGCGCUACAGUACAAACUAUGUUGUUGGCACACUAUUUCACGAGAAUGUACCUUGUUGGUAUGCGGAUAAGAACAGCCCUGACAAGUGCAAUCUACAGAAAGUCCCUUAGAAUGUCAAAUGCAGCAAGGAAAGAGUCUACUGUUGGAGAGAUUGUCAACUUAAUGGCCGUAGAUGCACAAAGGUUCAUAGAAUUAACAGCGUACUUAAAUAUGAUAUGGUCUGCGCCACUCCAGAUUGCUUUGGCUUUGUAUUUCCUAUGGGGUAUAUUAGGGCCGUCGGUGUUGGCCGGCCUGGCCGUAAUGAUCAUCCUCAUACCAGUGAAUGGGUUAAUUGCAAACAGAGUAAAAACAUUACAAAUUAGACAAAUGAAAUACAAGGACGAAAGGGUUAAAUUAAUGAACGAAGUGCUUAAUGGAAUUAAGGUACUUAAAAUGUAUGCAUGGGAGCCAAGCUUCGAGGAUCAAGUACUUAAAAUAAGAAACAAGGAAAUGAAUGUACUUAAACAAACAGCUUAUCUCAACUCUGCCACGUCAUUUAUAUGGUCCUGUGCUCCGUUCUUGGUAUCGCUGAUGUCAUUCGGAUGUUUUGUAUUGGUCAACGACACUGAAGUGCUCGACUCAAAGAGGGCUUUCGUAGCACUGUCACUUUUCAAUAUACUACGUUUCCCACUAUCCAUGCUACCUAAUGUAAUAUCAAAUGUUGUACAAACUUCAGUUGGUAUCAAAAGAUUGAACAAAUUCAUGAACUCGGAUGAAUUAGAUGAUAGUGAUGUAGAACACGAUCCUAAAGAACCGAAUCCAUUGCUGAUAGAAAAUGGUCACUUUUCAUGGGGCGCGAAGGACUCAGACCCUGUACUUAAAAAUAUCAACUUGCACAUACCGCGAGGCUCCCUGGUGGCUAUUGUGGGUGCUGUUGGCUCUGGCAAAAGUUCGCUACUCUCAGCCAUGCUCGGGGAAAUGAAUAAAGUUUCCGGAAGGGUCAAUACACAUGGUAGUAUAGCGUACGUACCACAGCAGGCGUGGAUACAAAAUGCGACGCUACAAGACAACAUCCUGUUCGGCAAGCCGCUCGACAAAUAUAAAUACAAUAACGUAAUAUCGGUUUGUGCGCUCAAAACUGACUUCGACAUGUUGCCCGGCGGUGACCAAACCGAGAUCGGAGAAAAAGGUAUCAAUCUCUCUGGGGGACAAAAGCAACGCGUGUCUCUCGCGCGGGCGGUGUACUAUGACGCCGAUAACUAUUUCUUAGACGACCCACUCAGCGCUGUCGACUCACACGUCGGCAAACACAUAUUCGAUAAGGUUAUAGGACCAAAUGGGCUACUCAAGAACAAGGCCCGCGUGUGGGUGACGCACAACGUGUCGUAUCUAUCUCAAACCGACCUCGUGAUCGUACUUCGCGACGGCCAAGUCUCUGAGGCGGGCACCUACCAACAGCUGCUCGAGAAGAAGGGCGCCUUCGCUGAAUUCCUAUUGCAUCACUUGAGUGACGCAGAGAGAACAUCGCCUGAAGAAUUGAAUGAAAUAAAACAAGAUCUCGAAACCAAACUGGGAUCAGAAUUCCACAACAAAUUGCAACGUGCUCGGUCGUUAUCGGAGAGCAAUUCUGAGUCGGAUCAAACAGCCGCAGGCGAUCGCGCUGGCAGCGUUAAGAGACGCACGCCAGAUGAAGUCACACAGAAUGAGUUAAAAGAAAAGAACAAACUCAUAGAAACUGAGAAAACGGAAACUGGCAGUGUGAAAUGGGGUGUAUACAAACAUUACUUAAUGAGUGUAGGCGUUUUGGCGUCCGUCGUAACAGUGUUAAUGAAUCUCGUCUUGCAAGUGUUCCAGGUUGGCUCUAACUACUGGCUCGCGCAGUGGUCCAACGACAAGAAUAUGAUUGUCAACGGUACCGUAGAUAAGGCCAAGCGAGAUAUGUAUCUGGGCGUAUACGGCGGUCUUGGCAUCGGGCAAGUGGUGUCGGUGUCGGUCUCGUCGCUGGCGCUGUACGUGGGCGCGCUGCAGGCUGCGCGCGUGCUGCACGACGGGCUGCUGAGCGGCGUACUGCGCGCGCCCGCCAUCGGCUUCUUCGACUGCACGCCUGUCGGCCGCGUGCUCAACCGCUUCAGCAAGGACGUCGACGUGCUCGACAAUGUGCUGCCCAUGACGCUCAGGGGCUGGACCACCUGCUUCUUUGCGGUACGCACGAUAUCGUCGAUUUUUGCGGAUUUAAUGCCAUAUUUGGCGUGUUGGCGGGCGUCGCGGUACAUCCACGCUCUCUUGUUGGACAAUGUAUUAAAGGCACCGUUGCAAUUCUUCGAAGUGACGCCGGUUGGCAGGAUACUAUCUAGAUUUUCUAAAGACAUCGACGUUGUGGACACGUCUCUGCCCUGGCAGUGCUCAGACGUGAUAUUUUGCACGUUCGAGGUGCUGGGAACAUUGUUCGUGAUAAGCUACUCUACACCGAUCUUCUUGGCAAUGAUAGUGCCGAUUGGCGUGGUAUACUACAUAAUUCAGAGAUUCUACGUAGCCACAUCGAGGCAGUUGAAGCGACUUGAGUCCGUGUCGCGCUCUCCAAUAUACUCACACUUUGGAGAGAGUAUAACUGGCGCCAGCACUAUUCGCGCUUAUAGUGUUACACAGAGAUUUAUAAACGAGUCGGAACGCGGUGUAGAUCACAACCAGUCGUGCUACUACCCGAGCUGCAUCGCGAACAGGUGGCUAGCGGUGCGUCUCGAAAUGAUCGGCAAUCUGAUCAUAUUCUUCGCUGCAUUGCUCGCAGUUCUCUAUCAAGAGUCCAUCAAACCUGGCCUCGUCGGUCUCUCUAUCAGCUAUGCCCUCCAGAUAACUCAAACACUGAACUGGCUUGUACGAAUGACUUCAGAAGUAGAAACGAACAUUGUAGCUGUUGAAAGAAUAAAGGAGUAUGCCGAAACACAACAGGAGGCGCCGUGGACGAUAUCUGGCACGGGCCCCGGGUCCACGUGGCCGGAGACGGGGGCGCUGCAGCUGGAGCGGCUGUCGCUGGGGUACCGCGCCGAGGAGCCCGCGCUGCGAGACCUCACGUGCGUGGUGCCGCCGCGGGACAAGCUCGCCAUCGUCGGCCGCACCGGCGCCGGCAAGUCCACGCUCACGCUGGGACUGUUCCGAAUAGUAGAGGCAAUGAGCGGAAAAAUAUUGAUAGACGGCAUCGACAUAUCGACGAUAGGGCUGCACCAGUUGCGCUCGCGAAUCACCAUCAUCCCCCAGGACCCGGUGCUGUUCUCCGGCACCCUACGAAUGAACCUCGAUCCCUUCGAUGUAUACACCGACGAGCAGUUAUGGCAGUCGUUAGAACAUGCACAUCUUAAGAAUUUCGUAAAAGGUCUGGCGUCGGGUCUGCUGCACGAAAUCUCGGAGGGCGGCGAAAACCUGUCGGUGGGUCAGCGACAGCUGGUGUGCCUGGCGCGCGCGCUGCUCCGCAAGACGCCGCUGCUGGUGCUCGACGAGGCCACCGCAGCCGUCGACCUCGAGACCGACGAACUCAUACAGAAAACGAUUCGGUCUGAGUUCGCCUCAUGCACGGUGUUAACGAUCGCUCACCGCCUCAACACCAUAAUGGAUUCGACUCGAGUGAUGGUGUUGGACAAAGGUCAACUCGUGGAGUACGCGCCUCCCGAUCAACUGCUGCAGGAUAAGAACUCUAUUUUCUAUAGCAUGGCCAAGGAGGCUGGACUUGUCAAUUAAUGUUCAAAUUAGACUAUACUUCACGGCCAUAAAUUUGACUGAAAAGUUAAUAGGGAAUAUGUAAAAAGUUAUAAAGUAGUAUCAUAGAAAUUAUUUUUUAUCUGUUAUGAGUCACUCCGUACACAUCGCUUGCGUUUUUUAUGCGUUUUUUUUUCGUCUCUGUACGCAAUGUCGGUUUGGUAUACGACACAAUUUGUGAACACGGAACUUUUUUAGAGUUUCUGAAGGGUAAAUAUGGAAAAUGUGUCUACCUUAAAUUACAUUAACUAUUACAGCCAUUUUUCAUUCUUUAGUUAUCCAAGCGGUAUUGUGUACUGAAUGACUCAUAGGAAACAACUUGUAAAAAUAUCUCGAUUUACUUUUCAGAUUUAUUUAUGAUACAACAUUGUGGAGAUUACGAUUGUUAAUAACUAUAAAAAUACUUAAUGUUCGUGUAAUAUAAUUAUAUGAGUAUAACUCUGCAAGUACGUAGUACCUUGUUGUAUAAUAUUAGGAUUUUAUAAUGAGACAAACGGCAGCAGCAUUAAGCAACUAGUGUAAAAUAUAAAUAUUAAUUUUAUAUUGCUUUAUCACAAUUAAAUAAGUUUUUACUCAGUUGUGUACCAGUGGAAACUUAAAUCUGAUAGAUAUUCUACAAGUGUAAGUUAAAUCUUAAAGUAUGACCAAUAACUUAUUACACUAUUAUUAUGGUACCUACUUCAUGCAGUAUGACUACGAUUUAUUUCUACGUAUAUAAAUAUUAAUGCUAUUCUUGAUUCAUAAUUUUUAUUCCAUUGACUUAAAAUGACAUGUAUAUAAUGUGUACUUAUACAUACAGUAAAACAACACAAAUAACGCAACGUUGAGUACGUUGCGUUAUUUGUGUUAUUUUACUGUUUAACGUACUAUACACUCAGUAAUUUUAUAGUUGAAUCUAUUUAUUUGUUUUAAGAUUUAUUGAUUUUACAGAGUAAGUUUUGUUACCAUACCAAUAUUUAGGCACGUAUUACAAUAAGGUAUAUUCUGCAGUGUUUCUAAAACUAAAACUUUAAUUUGAUAGCUUAGCGAAAGUAGUAAUUUAUGCACCACAAUGAAUCAACAAAAUCUAAACGUAAAGUUUACCGUGUUAUUUUAAAUUAAGUUACAAUUUGGUCCUUAGAAUACUGAUUGGUAUUAAUUGAUAAUUUGCUUUUUCAUAUAGUGAUUACAAAAUUGUUCUAAUAACUAUCAUUUUCUUAUCUCGAAUUAAGCAAAGAUGCUCAUAGAUAAUAUACAAAUAUAAUCCUGUCUAAACAGCGAUUUUAUGUUGUAAUACUGUUUUUCACCCAUUCGAAUAUAUAGUAUAUAUAUAGUACUUUUUUUAUGAAUAUCAAGGCACAUUACUGUGCUAUUGAAAAGAAAUAUAAUUAUGAUUAUUGUUAUUUUAUUUUACCAUACCAAUCCUAAAUUUAUACUACGGGUUUCCAUUAACAUAUGAGAUCCAUUAAUUACUAGAACGGCGAAGCCAACACUAAAUCUUACCAAAAUUCAUAUCAACAAUCUUAAUUGUAUUGCAGAUUUUCAUUGACUCGCUUACCUCCAGUAAGAAAAUUAAUAUAAAUAAAAUUUUAAUUAAAAUUACAAUUAUCAUAGUAUACCUAUACAAUUAAGACACCAAGCUGAUUGUGGAACUCGGUUACUUACCAGUUACAGUUUCAAAGUAUCUUAUUAAAAAUUUUAACUAUUUACUGGACAGGACCUUAUUUAAACCGAAAGUAUUACAUUCUCGAAUUUAUUUGCCUUAGUUUAUGAUAUUGUGUACAAAAAAAUGAGAAUAUUGUUAUAAAUGAUUACGAUCAAAUAAUUGUUUGUUUCACAUAGAUUAUAUACAAUUUAAAACUAGUUCUUUAUUUUAGUUUAUAUCAAAACUAUAAAACUCCGUAUAGUUAAAUAGAUAAAUUAAUUAUGUCUGUACACACUUGGUACUCUAUAUUAUAAAUUUAUAUUUCAUGAUUUCAUAAGUUUAUUAUUUUUAAGGUAGAUUGUUGAUUCAAAAAUUCUGUUUUAGAAGUAUUAUUGCUGUUACCUUGUUCUUUUGCCGCAUGCUAAAUACAUUUAAAAUAUUUGAACGAAAACUUAUUGAAAUAUAUAUUUAUAUGUGUAGUUCUUGUUCAGUACUAAUCUUAGAGUAAUCUACAAUUGCUAUUACAGUCAUAUACAUGUUUUCCUUUAUAGAAU